AUGGACGUAGUAGCUCGAGCUAUCGUCUUGAGCCGUCUUGAUGACGGUUUGGACCGUCACGCGCCAGAGAAUAUACCGACGGAGUCUUUACCGGAGGUCUACACCAUUGGCGGCAGAAGCUGGGACAUACCAUGCACGAUAGGGAUUAGUACUAAUCGUGGAAUACAACUUUUGACUGACACUAUGUCUGAAAUACACAUCAAUGACCCGGUCUCUUCCAAUGCCGUCCCAAGAGUCAAGCCCCUCCCAAAAAAAUCAUCUAUCCCCGUGCCUUUCUUUUACGCACCUAGUGACGACGGGGUCGACGAGAACUUGCUCAUCUUCCUUCACGGUCUCGGUGACACCCAUGCACCCUUUUCCAAGCUAGGGCGUCAGCUGAAGCUUCCGCAGACUGCCGUUCUUGCACUUUGCGCCCCAGAGCAGGUACCCUUUCUCUACGAGGAAUCGUACCAGUGGUUUCAAUCAUUCGAUGACCUCGGGGAACUAAUCGAACGACCAAACCCUACCCCUGCACUGGAUCUUCUCUCAAAAGUCGUCGACCACUUAACCUCGCACUGCCAGUGGCCUUUGAACCGCAUCCACUUCUUUGGAUUUGCACAGGGAGGGAGUGUGGCUGCAGAAUUCGGGAUCCAGCUCUGGAAGCGGCAAAUGCAGCGGCCAAAGGCCCUGAUGUCGUCAGAAUCUACGGGGAUUGAUAUUGAGCCGUCAUCACUUGGAUCGAUUGUCACGAUCUCAGGGCCUCUAAUAUCAUACCCAACAGUAUCAUCUCUUUGUCCGACUCCCGUACUCGUCGCUCAUAGGGCAGCGCCAGCUGAAACAGCCUUACAGCCGGGCGCUCUGAAGGACUUCAGUAAGGCGUACCAGAUCAUUACCGAAUCGAAAAUGGGAUCUAGAGGUGGAAUGCCCGCUUCAAAGGAGGAAUGGGAGCCGAUUAUGCAAUUUUGGAGUGCAAAGCUUGGGACGAGACACCCUGAAGGUUUGUACGAAGUCAGAAGGAGCUAA